AUGGAAAAAUCCAAAAAUUUCCGCAUCGACGCGCUGCUGGCAGUGGACCCCCCGCGAGCGGCCUCCGCGCAGACCGCGCCUCUGGCCCUGGUCACGUCGCUCGCGGCCGCGGCAUCCGGCCCUGGCGGCGGCGGGGCGAGCAGCGGGGCGAGCGGCAGCUGCAGCCCCGCGUCCUCGGAGCCGCCCGCAGCGCCCGCCGACCGCCUGCGCGCCGAGAGCCCGUCUCCUCCUCGUCUGCUCGCCGCGCACUGCGCGCUGCUGCCCAAGCCGGGCUUCCUGGGCGCGGGGGGCGCGGGCGGCGGCGCGGGCGGCGGGCCCGGGGGUCCCCACCACCACGCGCACCCGGGCGCCGCCGCCGCCGCCGCCGCUGCCGCCGCCGCCGCAGGGAGCCUGGCGCUGGGGCUGCACCCGGGGGGCGCGCAGGGCGGCGCGGGGCUCCCAGCGCAGGCGGCUCUCUACGGCCACCCGGUGUACGGCUACUCGGCGGCGGCGGCGGCGGCGGCCCUGGCAGGCCAGCACCCGGCGCUCUCCUACUCGUACCCGCAGGUGCAGGGCGCGCACCCCGCGCACCCCGUCGACCCCAUCAAGCUGGGCGCAGGCACCUUCCAGCUGGACCAGUGGUUGCGCGCGUCCACCGCGGGCAUGAUCCUGCCCAAGAUGCCGGACUUCAACUGUGAGUACCCCCAGGCGCAGUCGAACCUGCUGGGGAAGUGCCGCCGGCCGCGCACCGCCUUCACCAGCCAGCAGCUGCUGGAGCUGGAGCGCCAGUUCAAGCUCAACAAGUACCUGUCGCGGCCCAAGCGCUUCGAGGUGGCCACCUCGCUGAUGCUCACGGAGACGCAGGUGAAGAUCUGGUUCCAGAACCGGCGGAUGAAGUGGAAACGCAGCAAAAAGGCCAAAGAGCAGGCCGCGCAGGAGGCGGAGAAGCAGAGGGGCGGCGGGGGCGCGGGCCGGGGCGGCGCCGCCGAGGACAAGGGCGACGAGGAGCUGCUGGGGCCGCCCGGGGACGAGGGCGGCCGGCGCCCGCGGGACCUGAGGGACAGUGACCCCGAGGAGGACGGGGAGGACGAGGACCCCUUCCCCUACAGCAACGGCGGCGCGCACGCCGCCUCCUCCGACGGCUCCUCCGGGGCCGACUCCCCGCCUCCCAGGCCGGGGCACCCGCAGUAGGUCCCGGGCCCCCGCGCCCCGCCCGGUCCGGGGCCGCAGCACCGUCUGCUCUGCGAGGGACCGAGCGAGGCGGC